UCAUACAGAUUUGUGACCUUAGUCUCAUUCAAAUUCAAGACGUAUAGCUUCGUUAUUAUAUAUAGAUUUUUUUUUAUAAAAAUUAUUUCGUUUUAAAAAUUACAAAAUUCCACGUAAAUUCAAAUCGCGAAAAAAAAGCAUUAGAGAAGUCGUUUAACCGUUGAAACGAAUACACGCCCGUGAGCAUAGAUAUAAUACGGACAAUAGGUGCAAAGAUCGUCGAUUCAAAGUUAACGCGACACUAAUUCACGCGAAAAUACACAAAUAUAUAUAUUCGCGCGUAUACAUACAUUCAUACAUUCAAGAACGAUGCAUCGCCGAAGCUAUACCCUGCCCAAAUACGCGCUGUGCAUUAAGAGAAGUUCAUUGACCGCGGUGGAGCGGUAUGAACUGAACCAGUGGCUGGAGGAGCAUAAUGUUAGCUCAGCGAACCUGCGGCGAGUCUUUACCGAUGUGCAGCCGCUGGCGCGACUGUUGUACCGCUACUAUCCGGAAAUUGUUGAUCUCAAUAUCUACCCGCCCGUGAAUAGUGUGCACAACAAGGUGUGCAACUGGGAGACCUUUAACCGACGCGUCCUGUCCAAGCUGGGCCUGCAGUUGACCCGAGAGCAGAUGAUUCGUGUUGCCCGCAGCGUGCCCGGCUCUGUGGAUCAGCUGCUGUAUAGCGUGAUGCGUGUCCAUCGGGCGGCUGAGCAGAAGGCGCGCGAGGAGCGCAUCAGCACCGAGGAAGAGGUGGAGUCGCCAGCGGCAACACAGCAGCCAUCUGGCGUGAUGGACGAGCCCCCCAGGUCCAACGAACAAAGGCCCUUAACGUUGCCCCUACCGGUGCCGUUGCCCACGACCUUGUCCUUCAGUCUGUCGCAGGCCAACAGGCAGACAACUGACGACAUUAAUAGGGUGAUACCGACCGCCUAUGCAGUGAGGAGCCUGAGGCAGCUUGCCUCUGGAACACCAUCGGUGACCAUGAAGCGUUCGUCCCUGUCACGAGGCGGCAUACCCACAGGCGCUGACACCACUGGAAGUUCGGGACGCAGCCAGCGGCAUUUGCUGAACAGACGCUCCUACACAACCACAGCGACGGUCGAGCAACCGUCAGCAGCGUCAGCAGCGACAGCGGCCACAGCAGGUGCAAUGCCAGAAGCGGCUGAGGCAGACCCACAAACAAUGGCAACAGCAUCCCGACAAAGAGGCCGUUAAGAAGCUGGAGCGUCGGAACGCUCGCAUCGCUCGAUACGAUCAGUGGGCCGCUCAUCUGGAGAAUAUGCUGCAGCUGAAGUGCGAAC